AUGGAAGAUUGUUGCAAAGAUGUAAUCAACGGUUUACCAGACAAUCUUCUUUGCCAAAUCUUGUCAAACUUGUCUACAAAAGAAGCUGCGUUGACUUCACUUCUCUCAAAAAGAUGGCGGUAUCUGUUUGCUCUUGUACCAAAUCUUGAUUUUGAUGACUUAUCCUCUCUGCAUCCGGAGAUUAUGAUGCAGGAUCAUACGAGUUUUAUAGAUUUUGUGGAUAGAGUACUGAAAUUGAGAGGGAAAGAUCAUGUUAACAAGUUGUCUCUUAAAUGUGGAGAUGGUAUUGAGGAUGAAGACGUUUUCCCUUGGAUAUCAAAUGCGUUGAGGCAUGGUGUUUCAGAUCUUUCUCUACUUGUCUCUCCUACAUUGGUUGAUUGGUUGCCUUCAAAGAUUUUCACGAGUAAGACACUUGUUAGGCUGAAAAUAAGAGGUCCCAGAGUUAAACUGAGGAAUGUUCGUCUUCCAAGACUUAGGACUCUGGAUCUAGAUUCAGUUGUGUUUGAAGAAGGUGAGAUUGGGUUUGCAAAGCUUCUCUCUGGCUGUCCUGUUCUUGAGGAAUUAGGUUUGGCUAAUCUUGCGUGGUGGGAUUCUUGCUCUGUGUCUUCCAAAAUCCUCAAGAGACUAACGCUUUGCUGUCCAAACUAUGACAAAAACCGGAAGAGUGUGUCAUUUAACACUCCAAAUGUUGUCUACUUCAAAUAUUCUGAUACUAUAGCGCAGAAUUAUCCAAUAGUGAAUUUUGAUUCUCUGGUUGAAGCUAGUAUCAGUAUUAGGAUGACAAAAGAUCAGAGAGACAGUGUGAGAAAUGCAUCGGAUGUUGAUGAGGAAAUAACAGAGAUGGUUGGUAACGCAACAGUGUUUCUUAUGGGAAUAUGCAAUGUGAAGACCCUUUACUUAUCUUAUGAAACUCUUGAGAUGCUUAACUUUUGCUAUGAAGCGAUACCUGUAUUCAACAAAUUGACUCACCUAACUAUUGACUCAUCAAAUCCGGAAGUAGGAUGGGAAUCAUUGCCAGACCUGCUCAAGAAUUGUCCAAAUCUUGAAACCCUUGUCUUCCACGGUCUCCAUCACAAAGUUACAGAUAGAUGUGGGGAUGUGUGCUUGUGCCAAGGUCUGGAGAAAUGUACUUCUUCCCUAUCACAGUGUCCAGUGAAGUUUCUAACCAUAAUGAAAUUUGGAGAAGCCUACGAUGAGGGUGAAGAUCUGAACAUGGAGAUAGAGAUGGAGAAGAUUAAGCAUUUCUUGAAGAAAAUGACAAAUCUUGAAAAACUCGUAAUAAAUUACAAUACAUCAGUCGAAAAUGAUCUGGUUGAAGUAUCAAGCCAACUUCAGAUGCUUCCUGAAGUAGCUUCACUCAAGUGCAAGAUCCAAGUCAUCUCUGAUAACCUAAGCUUAUCACCUACUUUUCUCAUUUCCUUAUCGAUGAAAUAUGGAUUGCUUCUAUAG